GUGUGUUAUUGGGACAUCUUGAUUGGUACGAGAGGACAAGAAAGGAAAGCAACCAGCGGGAGAGAUCGAUCAGAGGAUUAUAAAAGAGCAGAGGGAACAGGUUGAAGAAGGAGGAGAAGAAGGGUAAUAGCAGAAGCAGGAGAAGGAGAAGGAGAAGGAGAAGGAGAAGGAGAAGGAGAAGGAGGAGUCCUCAACGAUAACAAGAGAGUUUAGUGAAGAGUUUAACAGCUGGAUCCAGACCAGCGAGGUGUGUUCAGGCCACGCCCCUUCAGAGGUUUUCGAUUGUUUUUUGGAGGGAUGGAUGGAAGCAGCUCAACAGGAAAUCACAGCGCUGCUUCGUCUCGUCUGCUUCCUGUUCCCGAUGACGAGGUCGAGAUGCAACAAGCUGACUGGUAUACAGCUUCAGAGGAGGACCACUGGCAGAAAGGAAAGUCAAUCACUCUGCCAAGGUCCCAAAACCACCAGACACCUGCAGAGGACCACCAGAGACCUCUAGAGAACCAGAAGAGACAUGCAGAACCACAGAAAACCGAAGAUUCUUCUCCAAAGGAUCAACCAGAUGAACUAAAACUACAUUCUCUUUUCCAGCUUAACAUCUCUGAGUUCAAAGACCAGCAGAACCACCAGGAGAAAUCUAUUGCAAUCUCAGGUCAGAGGCAUCACGACCACCAAGAUCCGCCUCACCCGAACUCCCAGCAGGCUCCUCUUCCUCCUAAUCACCUGAACACAGUGGGUGUUCCUCACCUGAACACCUACCAGGUUCUUUCUCCUGGUAACCUGAGCACCCAGCGGGCUCCUCCUCCUCCUCCUCACCUGAACUCCCUGCAGCCUCCAUCUUCUAACCAGCCCUAUCCUCAGCCACUGAUCAACCAUCGGACUGAAGGUUCGACCCCGGCCUCACCAGACCAGGCUUCGCCUCUUGUCAAGGAGAUGUUGUGUGACCAGGUGUGGACCCGACCUCUAGUUUCUUCUUCAGGUGACCUUAAACUGUGUGGCUUCCUGCAAAAGCAGGGGGGGGCCCUGAGAUCCUGGAAGCAGCGCUGGUUUACCUACGAGGAGAAGAAGAACCAGUUGUUCUACUAUCGCACUCCGCAGGAUGUAAUGCCACUCGGCCAGGUGGAGCUCUGCAGCGCCACCUUCACCUACACACUGAAGGCUGAGCGGGGCACCUUCAACAUCAGGACACCUGAACGCACCUUUACACUCAAGGCUGUGAGCCAGGAGCUGAUGCUCUAUUGGCUGCGACAGCUGCAGGUGAAACGUUGGCAGCACAUAAGGAACUCCACCUCUCCAGACCCGACAAACCACAACAACAACAACAACACUGCAGAUGACUUCCUGCCAGUGUUGACCAGCCCGGUGGGUCUGGUGGGGGAGGAAGCGGCUAACUCCUCAUCACAGAGAACACCGCUUGCCAACAUGUCCAUCAAACACCCGUUUAUCCAGAUCCAAAACUCGGUCCACAGUCUGCGUAAGUUGGUGUUCCCUGAGGGAAGUCAGAGUGUGUUUUAUAUGGACGCUUCAACGUGGACCCCCCCGACCUCCUCAGAACCGCCCUACAACAUCCCUACAGCUUACAAGACACCUGCGGAGACUCGGCCCCCUCCCCUCUCAUUGGAGUCAGCAGGUCAGGUGACCCCAGAGGAGGGCAGAGACCAUUGGAACAGAAAGACAAAGACUUCCCCGUCGAUGGUCCUCUGCCGAGACGACCUGUCCUCAGACACGACGUCCCGCCUCCAGCAGGAGAAGCAGAUGCUACUUGAUGACGUCAGAGCUCAGAAGGAGCUGGUGUGGAUUCUCCACAAAGCCUUGGAGGCCUCUCAGCUGGAGAAGAGAACCUGUGCAGAGUUCCUGGCUGAGAAAAGUGAGCAGGAACGUCUGGAGCUGCUGAGGCAUCGCGAGCGGGAGGCGGCCGACCUGCGAGGACGCUUGGAGGAGGUGAAGAAGGAGGCGGAGUCUAUGAGGAGGAGGCUUAAUCAGAGAGACGCUCAGCUGUUGGAGCUGCAGGAUAACAUCGGGAUGCUGAUCGAGAAGAACACCGCCAAGCAGGAGGUGAUCAUCAAGCUGUCAGAUCAUGUGACUUCCUGCAUGGCCUCUGACGACGCUUUCAAACAGCUUCAGCAGGACGUUGAGAACCUGAAGGAUGAUAUUGAGGCGUAUAAGACUCAGAACAAGUUCCUGAACUCUGAGAUCCACCAGCUGACUCAAUUGUGGAGGACCAGUUCUGAGCAGGGGAAGAGCCUGAUGGUGAAGUGUUCCUACCUGGAGGCCAGUAACUGUCAGAUCGAGAGCCGAUACCUGAGCGCCUUGCGGCAGCUGCAGGAGGUCAAGUCUCUGGAUCAGGUCCAGCGGGAGACGGUCCAGAAGAUGAUCGAGGAGGCUCUGAAAGGGGAGCAGAACUGUGCCAUCAAGCUGAAUGUGGCAAGAGAUCAUGAUGAGUACGGAUUUAAAAUCAUCCCAGAAUAUGAGGUGGAGGACAUAAAGCUGCUGGCCAAGAUCCAGGCGCUGGAGAUCCGCUCACACAACCUGCUGCGUCAGGAGGGAUCAGAGCGAUACCUGUCGAGCUGCUGGGCUCAGUACCUGGCCAGCAGGUCAGAGGAACUCUUUUCCUCACCUGAGCUCAAAGGUCUGCUCAGAGGAGGCAUCCCUCAGCAGUACCGACAGAAGGUAUGGCGCUCUGUGGUCCGGGCCAGGACCAGGACUCUAAGGGAGCGUCACCCUGAGCGCUACCAGCAGCUGUGUGAGAAGGCUCGGACGUGUCCUCAUCCGGCCUCCAGACAGAUUGAGCUGGACCUCCAUCGCACUUUGACCAACAACCAGCACUUCUCCUCUCCCUCUAGUCCCGCCCUCCAGCAGCUCCGACGCAUCUUAUUAGCCUUCUCCUGGCAGAACCCUGCCAUUGGCUACUGCCAGGGACUAAACAGACUGGCAGCAAUUGCUCUGCUGGUCCUUCAGAGUGAAGAAGACUCCUUCUGGUGCCUGGUGUCAGUGGUGGAGGCAAUCAUGCCUCCAGACUACUACACCAAAGACCUGGUGGCCUCUCAGGCAGAUCAGCGGGUGCUGAAGGACUUCCUGGCGGAGAAACUUCCAAGACUCUCGGCUCACUUUGAGGAUCACAACAUCGAUGUUUCCCUCAUUACCUUCAACUGGUUCCUGGUGGUUUUUGUGGAAAGUCUUCCCAGCGACAUCCUGCUGCCGCUGUGGGACGCCUUUCUGUAUGAGGGCACCAAGGUUAUCUUUAGGUACGCUCUGGCUCUUUUCAAAUACAAAGAGGAAGACCUGCUGAAGAUCCAGGAUGCGGUGGAGAUCUACCAGUACCUACGUUUCUUCACCAUGACCAUCUCUGACGGCAGGUCCAAGCUGGAACUUCUACACAAGCUCUGAGGGCCCUGACCUCACCUCUCCUGCUCGGGGGAGGGUCAACUGUGCAGGCUAAGUAGGCUGGUUGAUGCGUGUCCGCACUGUCAGGAGAGACGCUGUAUUAGGCCACAGAGUAAUACCAUCUGAGGUACCCUCAGAAAUGAUUUGCUCACCAAAAGAGCAUGCAGCUUGCGUAUAAGUUUAGCGGCUGUGAUGGCAAGGAGAGAAAUACCCCUUUUUGCCAAUAGCCAUCUUGGCUCCACCUGUGUCGGGGGUUCAAAAGGGUCUCCAGUGCCAAGGGUACAUCUCCUGCAGGGGCGGAGGACGCAAUUGCGGAGCCCCACUUUUUUUGGCAGAAGGACAUCAGUCUGUGGCGCCCUACUGUGUCAUUUCGACCUCGUACACUACCCCAAAAUGAGGCCGCCUAUAAUGCAAUGAUAGAGGGAGACUGGCCCUUAUAGAGGAGAGACUGUAGAAACUCAAGUACAGCAGGCAUGGGGCCUUGCACCGGGGUCCUGUUGAGAACGGCACACCAGUCAGAAAACAGCUUCCAUCUGAUGUUGCCUCUCAGGCAGGUACAUUGCGCCCUGGGAUUCAGAAUAGUUGAUUUGACCGAUUUUAUGCAACCAUCUAGCACCCAGUCGGGUCUUUUCGCGGCCAGGUCUGUAGUUGAAGGCGUCAGGGAUUGGAGCAGUGGUCCGCUCUGUCAGGGAGAACCGGUGGGGGCAGUGGUUCGGCAUCAUCUCUGGAUGCAGUAGCCACUCCUGGCUGGGUUAUUGCCCGAAGGCUGGUCAGGCAAAGGCUGCCCAAGUAAGCCUAAUCAGUUCCACAAAUCUGUUUAUUGUCGUCAAAUCACAGCAGAGGUGUUGUCCAGGAGGUGUUAGUUGAGGAGGGCCAGAGUGGAACCCCCUAGGUAUGCUGGUAUGUUCGUGUGAAGAAACAGAACUGAUGUCUGCCCUAGCUAUCUGCAAUACUCUGCUGAAGCACCUGGUUAAGCAGCUGACACAAACAGCUCCUCAGCUUCCACGGGGACAUUACAGAGGAUUCUGCUAUAUUACAUUACAGGUCAUUUAGCUGACGCUUUUAUCCAAAGCGACUUGCAUUGCAUUUUUAACCCAUGGCAUUUACAUUUUUACUACCAACCCUGUGGUUCCCAGCGCACCCGCUCUACCCAUGCGCCACGGCCGACCCCUAACCCUAUAUGUCUCUGACAGGGGUGACGGCGACGGAACCCUCCAAACCCAGCAGCGAGUCUGGAGCAGGAUGGAUACCAGACAUCCAAGUUCCCUCAAUAUGAGGGCAAACACCUGCAGUGAAAUAUCACUGAGGCCGGUGGAGGAAGUGCCAAAAGGUAGCCUCCUAUCCUCACCUAUGGUCAUGAAGGAUGGGUCAUGACCGAAAGAACUAGGUCAGCGAUACAAGC